GAAUAGUCUCUGCAGUCUUAUUCUUUCACCUGAUCAAUGGCUUCUCGACAUGGGAGUAGUUUGCUUUCCAAAAGUCUGAGCUUAAAGUUCAUUGUAUACGUUUGUGCUCUGACCCGCGGAUUUGGUUUGACCUACGGUUGGACAGGGAUCUGUUUUGGGGAAGAUGGGUCCAACAUCCCGAGCAGGACCCAGGUCGUUCAGAAGUUCCGAGAUCUGGGCAUCGCCCACGUCCGCCUCUACCACACCUACCAGGCGACACUCCAAGCGUUCUCCAACAGCGGCAUUCAACUCACCGUGGGCAUAACGAACGAAGAUUUCGUCAAUGCCUUAUCAAGUGUGGGCUCUGCCAGAACCUGGGUCAACAGCAACAUCGUCCCUUAUGGCUCCAGUAACAUCGUCGCCGUGACGGUGGGAAACGAAGUCUUUUCUUCGGGGGACAACGUGAAAAACGCACUGCUGCCUUCAAUGCAGAAUCUGAGAGAGGCGCUGAAUCAGGCAGGUAAGAGUGGGAUCAAGGUCACAACAGCUCACGCUUUCGACGUCGUCACGAACACCUUCCCCCCAUCCAACGGCCAGUUUGUUGACACCGGAAGGAUGCAGCCCUUGGUGAACUGGCUGGCCUCGGUAGGAUCCGACUUCAUCUGCAACAUCUACCCCUACUUCACAUACAUAUCAUCCAAUGGGCAAAUCACGUUGCAAUAUGGCCGUCUUGAGUCUGGCUCCGUCACAGAUUCAAACAAUGGCAAGAUAUAUACGAAUCUUCUCGCACAGCAGCUGGACGCAGUUUAUGCAGCUCUGGGAAGAUUGGGGCAGGGAAACAUGCGCGUGGUCGUUGGGGAGAUCGGCUGGCCCACUUCAGGAGGCACUGCCACAGAUACGAACAACGCUCGGAUUCACAACCAAAACCUGGUGAACUUAGCUCGCGGAGGAACGCCACUGAAGCCUAACUGGGGAAUCCAGUCUUACAUUUUUGCAAUGUUUGACGAGAAUCAGAAGCCUGCUGGCUUAGAGCAGAACUGGGGAUUGUACAAUCCGAGCAACUUCCAAGCUAAGUAUACCAUCAAUUUCGGAAAUUCACCGACCACUAGCAAUCGCAUCACCCAGGGAAUGAGACUGAGUAGCGGACAGUUUGUCAAUUCCAAAAAUGGAGUCUACAGGUUUAUCAUGCAGGCAGACUGCAAUUUGGUCCUGUAUCACAAUGGUGUCGGACCUCUGUGGGCCAGCAAUACCCAAGGUAGCGCCACGGACGGUUACAUGGAGCUGCAACAUGAUGGAAACGCUGUAGUCUACGGUGGCGGUGUUGCACGCUGGGCUUCGGGAACUUGGGGGCGUAACGAUGGAGCUCACUACAUCGAGGUUCAGGACGAUGGCAACACUGUCAUGUACAACGCAGCGAAUCAAGCCAUUUGGGCUACCAACACAGCAGGGAGAUGAGAGAUUAUCCUUCUGGGAAAGAAGAGACACGUGUGAGAUCUAACCUGAAGAACUUCAUUGACCCAAGCGAACAUGCUUAGUCCAUGGAGCUCACUAACUGCAUCAGAUAGGAUCAAGCUUAGAGAUGCAACGUUUCAAGUCAAAUAAAAUCUCGAAAUCACGAUCGAUCAUCUGCAAAAUGAAGCUGCUCUCACACACUCUG